CCAUAAGCAAGUGUCCAGGCAGGCUUCUCUUCCUUCUCCUCCCCUUCGCCAUGCGCCCGAUCCUGCUCAAGGGCCACUCGCGGUCGCUGACCAUGAUCAAGUACAACCGCGAGGGUGACCUGCUCUUCUCGUGCGCCAAAGACCACACGCCCAACCUCUGGUACAGCGACACGGGCGAGCGUAUUGGCACGUACGUGGGUCACUCAGGUGCCGUGUGGGCCUGCGACGUGAGCUACCACUCGGAGCGUCUGCUCACCGCCGCGGCCGACGCCACCGUCAAGCUCUGGGACGUUCAGAGCGGCGAAGAGCUCUUCUCCUUCCCUCACACUGGCCCGGCCCGCAGUGUCAACUUCAGUACGGGCGACAAGUACUUUGUGUCUGUGGCCGACAAGUUCUCGGACCGACCGGCAGCUGUGUACGUCUAUGAACUGGCCGACGAUGUGGCCAACCAGAGCGCCGAGCCCGUACUGACCAUCACUAACCAUGGCCACGAGGGCCGCAUCACUGGAGCCUACUGGAUGCCCCUGAACAAGGCCAUCAUGACCACGGGCGGCGACGGUACCAUUAAACUGUUCGACCCCAAGACGGGCCAGUUGCUUGAGAGCUACGUCAUCCACACGGGUGAGAUCACUAAUGUGGCCUUUAAUAAGAGUAAGACGCUGGCCAUCACGUCGUCCAAGGACAACACGGCCAAGUUGCUGGACGUCGAGACGCUUAAGGUGCUCAAGGUGUACGAGACAGACCGCCCCGUUAACUCGGCCGCCAUCUCGCCUAUUAAGGAGCACGUGGUGCUGGGCGGUGGUCAGGAGGCCAUGAGUGUGACUACCACAUCUGGCCGAGUGGGGAAAUUCGAGGCCCGGUUCUUCCACAUGGUCUUCCAGGAGGAGUUCGGCCGUGUGAAGGGCCACUUCGGCCCCAUUAACACCAUCGCCUUCCACCCUAAUGGCAAGAGCUACGCGUCUGGAGCGGAAGAUGGCUACGUGCGACUCCACCACUUUGAUAACGACUACCUCAAGCUCGAUGCCCUGAAGUAAAGAAAUGGACCACGAUGAGGGACAUCAGACGGACUGGUGGUGGGGGGAAAUCGAGCUUAGAGCCAACAGGUCAGCAGACAGAUUGCAGUCGCGAGGGGCUUAGCGUUAGCAGGAUAGAGCGCUCUCCUUAUUAGCCCGUAGGUAGUUUUAAUGUAGCCAUUCUACUUCCA